AUGCCUCGCGGCUACCGGGUGCAGAAAGUCAUAUCAGUAAUGAAUGCCGAGUCUUGGAAGUCUUACAUGGAGCGGCUAGACAACAUUGCCCAAGCCUGUCGGCGUCAUGCGGGCGCGGCUCCUCUUUCAGCAGAGGUCUGGAAGGAGUGGAGUGGAGUGGUGCACACGGCAAGUCAUGGCAAUGAGAUUCUCAAGCGAUCCCGGCUCCCGGAGCUGGAGGCAGGCGCCAACGAGUUCCUGAUGUUCCAUGGAACAAAGCCAGAGGCCGCCGACCUCAUCGCCAUGAACCACUUCGAUAUGGCCUUCGCCUGCAAGACGGGGCUCUUUGGUGCCGGACUUUACUUUGCCGAGAACUCCUCCAAGAGCGACGAGUACGUCAAAGGAGAUUCCAAGGGGUGGUAUCCGAUGAUCUUGUGCCGAGUGACCCUCGGCCGGAUCUACUACUGUGCGAACCAGGAUCCAACGAAAGAUCCUGGGCGUGACAAGCUCGAAAGUGCCUGCACCACAGGAGGGUACCACUGCGUCCUGGGCGAUCGCCUUAAAGCCAGAGGCACCUAUCGAGAAUAUGUUGUCUACGACCACUUCCAGGUCUAUCCUCAGUUCAUCGUCUGGUACUCUCGGACGUGA